CUUUUGUAUCUACAGAUGCAGAUCUUUGUGAAGACCCUGACAGGCAAGACCAUCACCCUCGAGGUUGAGUCCUCAGACACCAUCGACAACGUCAAGGCCAAGAUCCAGGACAAGGAGGGCAUCCCUCCGGAUCAGCAGCGUCUCAUCUUUGCCGGCAAGCAGCUUGAGGAUGGCCGGACCUUGGCCGACUACAACAUCCAGAAGGAGUCCACACUCCACCUGGUGCUGAGGCUCCGUGGCGGCAUGCAGAUCUUCGUCAAGACCCUGACCGGCAAGACCAUCACCCUGGAGGUCGAGUCCUUUGACACCAUUGACAACGUGAAGGCCAAGAUCCAGGACAAGGAGGGCAUCCCUCCGGACCAGCAGCGUCUCAUCUUUGCCGGCAAGCAGCUUGAGGAUGGCCGGACCCUGGCUGACUACAACAUCCAGAAGGAGUCCACACUCCACCUGGUGCUCAGGCUCCGUUUCUGCAUGCAGAUCUUCGUCAAGACCCUGACCGGCAAGACCAUCACCCUGGAGGUCGAGUCCUCUGACACCAUUGACAACGUGAAGGCCAAGAUCCAGGACAAGGAGGGCAUCCCUCCGGACCAGCAGCGUCUCAUCUUUGCCGGCAAGCAGCUUGAGGAUGGCCGGACCCUGGCUGACUACAACAUCCAGAAGGAGUCCACACUCCACCUGGUGCUCAGGCUCCGUUUCUGCAUGCAGAUCUUCGUCAAGACCCUGACCGGCAAGACCAUCACCCUGGAGGUCGAGUCCUCUGACACCAUUGACAACGUGAAGGCCAAGAUCCAGGACAAGGAGGGCAUCCCUCCGGACCAGCAGCGUCUCAUCUUUGCCGGCAAGCAGCUUGAGGAUGGCCGGACCCUGGCUGACUACAACAUCCAGAAGGAGUCCACACUCCACCUGGUGCUCAGGCUCUGUUUCAAGACCCUGACCGGCAAGACCAUCACCCUGGAGGUCGAGUCCUCUGACACCAUCGACAACGUGAAGGCCAAGAUCCAGGACAAGGAGGGCAUUCCCCCGGACCAGUUGCGUCUUAUCUUUGCUGGCAAACAGCUGGAGGAUGGCCGCACCCUGGCAGACUACAACAUCCAGAAGGAGUCCACCCUUCACCUGGUGCUCAGGCUCCGUGGUGGCAUGCAGAUUUUCGUCAAGACCCUGACCGGCAAGACCAUCACCCUGGAGGUCGAGUCAUCUGACACCAUCGACAAUGUGAAGGCGAAGAUCCAGGACAAGGAGGGCAUCCCCCCGGACCAGCAGCGUCUUAUCUUUGCCGGUAAGCAGCUUGAGGAUGGCCGCACCCUUGCGGACUACAACAUCCAAAAGGAGUCCACCCUCCACCUUGUGCUCAGGCUCCGUGGUGGUAUGCAGAUCUUCGUGAAGACCCUUACCGGCAAGACCAUCACCCUUGAGGUCGAGUCCUCUGACACCAUCGACAACGUCAAGGCAAAGAUCCAGGACAAGGAGGGCAUCCCCCCGGACCAGCAGCGUCUCAUCUUUGCUGGCAAGCAGCUCGAGGAUGGCCGCACCCUUGCGGACUACAACAUCCAGAAGGAGUCCACCCUCCACCUGGUUCUCAGGCUCCGUGGUGGUAUGCAGAUAUUUGUCAAGACCCUCACUGGCAAAACCAUCACCCUCGAGGUUGAGUCCUCAGACACCAUUGAUAAUGUGAAGGCCAAGAUCCAGGACAAGGAGGGUAUCCCACCGGACCAGCAGCGUCUCAUCUUUGCUGGCAAGCAGCUCGAGGAUGGCCGCACCCUUGCAGACUACAACAUCCAGAAGGAGUCCACUCUCCACUUGGUGCUCAGGCUCCGUGGUGGUAUGCAGAUCUUCGUCAAGACCCUCACCGGCAAGACCAUCACCCUGGAGGUUGAGUCCUCGGACACUAUUGACAAUGUUAAGUCCAAGAUCCAGGACAAGGAGGGCAUUCCCCCGGACCAGCAGCGUCUUAUCUUUGCCGGCAAGCAGCUUGAGGAUGGCCGCACCCUUGCGGAUUACAACAUCCAGAAGGAAUCCACCCUCCACCUUGUCCUCCGCCUUCGUGGUGGCAUGCAAAUCUUUGUCAAGACCCUCACCGGCAAGACCAUCACCCUGGAGGUUGAGUCCUCGGACACCAUUGACAAUGUGAAGGCCAAGAUCCAGGACAAGGAGGGCAUCCCCCCGGACCAGCAGCGCCUGAUCUUUGCCGGCAAGCAGCUCGAGGAUGGUCGCACCCUUGCGGAUUACAACAUCCAGAAGGAGUCCACCCUUCACUUGGUGCUCAGGCUCCGUGGUGGCAUGCAGAUAUUUGUGAAGACCCUCACCGGCAAGACCAUCACCCUGGAGGUGGAGUCAUCUGACACCAUUGACAACGUGAAGGCGAAGAUCCAGGACAAGGAGGGCAUUCCCCCGGACCAGCAGCGUCUCAUCUUUGCCGGUAAGCAGCUUGAGGAUGGCCGCACCUUGGCGGACUACAACAUCCAGAAGGAGUCCACCCUUCACUUGGUGCUCCGUCUCCGUGGUGGCCAGUAAGCUCCUGGCCAUGGAGCUGCUUCUGUCUCUGGGUUCACAAGUCUCGGUGUCUCCGGUAUCCUCCAAUGGAGUCUGGUCUGUGUCUGUCGUUGCCUGAACUGUCUUUGUUUCUGUACCAUACUGUGAUGCAGUGUUAUCGUUUGUAUCUUCAAACUUCUGCUGGUGUGGAGCAGCUUUGGUGAACUAUGAAUAAGUGAGCGCUUAAUUUGGUCCAUAA